GAAAUGCAACUCCUGGUUAAAGGCACAUGUUUGACCCACCCGCUCCUUCGCCAAGAGAGGCACGCGGAAAAUACACGCCGAGGGGCUUUCGCUUUAAGAGCCUCCCACUGGACUCUGGCUGGGGUACAACCUGGGUGUCGCUUAGCUUGGAAAGCGCUGAAGCAGCAGUCUCCGGAGGGGGAAGGAGACGGCCAGGGGCCUGUUGCAAGAACCAGCCUGGAAGGGGCGAGAGGAAGCUCAGCAGCCCCCAGCAUGGAAGGCUUCCCCCAGGCUCCCCCCAAGGAAGCCUACCGUGCGGCAAUGGUGCUCUCUGGCGCAGGAGAUGCCCUCGGCUAUCGCAACCAGCGCUGGGAAUACUGCACCUCAGGGCCCCAGAUCCACCAGGAGCUCCAGGAGAUGGGGGGCCUCAGCAAGGUUCGGGCAGCCCUCCCUGACUGGCCUGUCAGCGACGACACUGUUCUGCACCUGUCAACUGCUGAGGCCCUGGCCACAGGGAAGGAAGGGGAACCGCUGUUCCAGGAGCUGGCCAAACGCUAUGUCGAAGCCAUGAACGACAUGGAAGGGAGGAAGCCUGGGCCCACAAGCAUUCUGGGAACAUCUCAGUUGCGUCCAGGGGAGCCAAACGGAUAUCGCAUUCCCUUCAACCCCGGUGCCACAGGUUGUGGUGCAGCCAUGAGAUCCAUGUGCAUUGGGCUCAGGUAUCCUCGCCCUUCAGACCUGAGCACUUUGGUCCAAGUCAGCAUAGAAAGUGGAAGAAUGACACACCACCACCCCACAGGCUAUCUGGGAGCUCUGGCCUCUGCUCUGUUCACUUCUUAUGCAGUGCAGGGCCUCCCCCUUGAGCGCUGGGGAUCUGGAUUGCUCAAGACCCUGCCUCUUGCUUUAGAGUACAUUCAGACUGCUGCAGCUGAGAGUGAUGCCAAUGUGGGGGCCUGGGCUUAUUUCCAGGAGAAAUGGGAGUGGUACCUCUCUGAACGGGGCCUGGCUACAGGUCAGGGCCCUUGUCUGUUUCCUGCUGCCUAUAGUCCCGCUGAGCGUGACAUCAUCUACAAAACCUUCAGCCUGGACGGGUGGGCUGGACGGAGCGGUCACGAUGCCCCCAUGAUUGCGUACGAUGCCUUGCUGGGCGCAGGGGAGAACUGGGAGGAGCUCUGUGGGCGUUCCAUGUUCCAUGGGGGGGAUAGUGACUCUACAGGGGUGAUUGCUGCCUGCUGCUGGGCUCUGGCUCACGGUUUCAGAGGAGUCCCAGAAAAUAACCACAUGGCGCUUGAAUACCGAGACAGGAUGGUGGCUGCAGCUGAUGCCCUCUAUCACCUUGCCUGGGGACAGACUCCUGUUUGAAAGACGUUUCUGCUGUCUAGCAUCUAAGGAUGCACUAAUCUAGGCAUCCCC